AUGAAGACGCGGAUCGAACACGUGUGCAAGGGCCAUAUGAAAUGGGUCUUUCGGGAAGCGGCCAAGUCUGCUAGCCCGUUCUCUCCUAAUUACUGGACCAAUGGCGCAGAAAUCGAUGACUGGAAAACCGAUCCAUGGCUACCAGGAAAGUCCCUCGUUGACGCCCCAUUCCAAUUCAUCAAAGCAGCAGACUUUUACAAGAGACUGGGAAAAGACAUGCCAGAUGAAUUGAUAGAAAAGGCAAAGGUUGCGUACGGAAAAUGGAUUCGUGACCUCGGAGAGGUCGAGAAGUCUGAGAAAUUCGCAUUCCCCUCUUACAAGGCCAGCGACGACAGAAAACCUAUCAAGACCUUCUAUCUUACAAACCAUGCUCUAAUCUGGCAGGCAGUCAGAUCUGCAGAGUCGAUGAACCUUCAAUCCACACCCAAGGAUGAUUCUGAGUUGGGUAAAAAGAUGGGUAGAUAUUCGGCUGAUAGGUUACGGGAAAACAUCGUCAAGAGAUUUACGACUGAGAACUCUCUUUUGAAGCAGAGGAUGAUCGCCGUGAAACGAAGUCCUACGCAAACCCGGUUUCUUUUCCGCUCGAAAGACGUUGCUCUUUUCCGUGCCAUGGAGGAAGGCUUGUUUGAGCAAGCUGACAUCCAAUGGAUGAACACCCUCGACAGCCAGAAACAUCAUGAGGGGAAUGACGAUACCGACUGGAGUGAUCCUCGACGAUUCGCUCUAGCUAUCACAAUGGCUCAGCAUGGAAGAUUCAUCAACCUUCGGACCAGAAAGGAGCUGAUAAAGCAAGCCUUCCGUCUCGAGCUCAUGCACCAUUCCAUCAAGGGUAUCUCCAAAUAUUUGGGAGGUCUAUCAGGUCAUCCGAUAGAGACAACGGGGCCAAGAUAUCGUUACGGCUACUGGAUGAAACACAAUCUCCCCUUCAACAAUGUUAUAGACGACAACAACGUCGUGGAGCUGCAGGACGAGUGGCUCUACAAUGAACCUGAUUUCUUCGUCAACGCGACGGCCAUGACCGAUGUCGACACGAACAAUAUGCCAGAUUCCGAUGCAAACAUAGGGACCUCGAUGUCGGCAAAGGUUAUCAGCCCAUACGUUCUACUCAAGAUCGACAUCCAGGAGCGUCGGCCGCUCAAGGAUAAGCGGCCUUUGUCGUCUUUCUCAGUUGAAUACUAUCCAAAUGAUGAGGAUUCGUUCGAGGAGGCUGUCAAGUCCCAAAGGGAUGCCCAAAAUGCUAAGAAGAGGUUUUGGGCUUUCAUCCUGACAAACGCGGAGGAGAAUUCGAGCAGCACCAAGACGUUGGCUCCAAACGAAGAACGUGAACAAGGAGAGAUGGGACACUUCUUCCACAGACACAAGACCAACAGCAACUUCUUCACCGAGGAAACGAUAGCAGAGCUGAAUAUUUGGACAACGGAGUUCCAAAUGGCCUUUUACUCUGGUGUUGAGAAAGAAGGGUUUUGGUGUGGGGACAAACUUGAAAAAAUGGCAAUGGGAUUCCGGUUCGAGGGCGACUUUUUCGACAAAUAUUGGACCUGCCGUUUUGUGGUGGCAAACCCUCAUCUGUCGGCUAGCAAGAAUGAAGUGAAGACUGGUUUGAUCAAGUUGCUGCAGCAAAACCAUGAAGACGAUGCUUAUGACUUGUGGGAAGUCAAGACCGGUCCUUGGGAGCAACGGAGAGUGCUCGAAUUGAUAUUGUUCGGACACAUCAUCAGCGAAAUGGCCACGAGCGCGGGCCAUAUCCUGGAAUUGGCCGAAAGCACUGUGCUGAAAGAGAAAACUAAGUUGGAACAAAGGCUUCGAAGGCUCCAAGGCUCUCAAAUGUUCAAGCAAGAACAAGGCGAUCCGAACACAGAUGACGGCGGUCCUAUCGACUACAACAGCUUCGUCGUCACCAGCAAUGAGUUCCGUAAGUUCCAGGAACGUUUGCAGAUGAUACACGGAGAUUUCGCAAAAGCCAGACCCAUCAGCGACCAUUGUCUCAAUCGAGAGAAGGAUCGCCAAGCCGAACAGCCCUGCUGGACGUUCAGCGACGAGAGUCGCUACAGGUCGACACUGAACAAGUUGCUGGUCGUAAACCGGCGGGCUAUCCAAGACCUGGAUCGCAACCUCAAGGGAAUCUCUAUCCUUGCAGAGUCGAUUACGCAAGAGCUCGAGUACGUGAGCGGCGGUCUUGAGAGCAUCUCAAAUGAAGAAAGCCGACGAAACAAUAAGGAUGUCAAGCUUUUCACAUACACCACUGCCAUAUUCUUGCCUCUGGGGUUUGCAACAGGCAUGUUCAGCAUGAGCGGGACGCCUGAUGCGCAAACUGUCGGUGGAAUGUUUGGGCUGUUUGUUGGAGUAUUCAUCCUGGGUCUAGUGAUAAUUCUUUCUGUCGCAAAGGUCAACGCCAGAUAUGGAGACAGCCGGCAGAUUCGGGAGAAGCUGAUCAGGUGGGGGCGGCAGAAGCUCGACAGGGCGUAUCUUUUGCGUACAUUAAUAAUUAUCAUUCUCAUUGUCGGAAAGGUCAACGCCAAAGAACUGAUCAGGCGGGUGCGGCAAAAGAUCAAUGGGGCGUCUCUUUGGCAUGGACGUGAAGGAAGCGCGGAAGGCAAACCAACCGAAAAAACGAGGGCUGAACCCAAGGAAGAUGGUCCGGACAAAGUAUCACAGCGAAGGUUUUGCGGGUUGAAGUUACACGGGAAGAAGCAGGGCGGUGCUUUGGCAAAACACAGAGAAGGGCACGUGGAAGAAGGGAGAGGUGGACUAGGCUCCGUGGCGGGCGAGACGGCAGCCUCAGGGAGCACGCGAAGCUUGAAUGGUUGA